AUGUUCUCCUGGUUGACGAGAAUGGCGCUUUUCUGUUUGCGACCGAUGCGGCGGUACGGCCGCAUGAACAGGGAUGAUGACGACGAUGAUCACGACGACACCGGCGGGGAUUCGCUCCUCUGGUCUAGGGAACUCGAGAGGCAUUCCUUCGGUGAUUUCUCCAUGUCCGUCGUGCAAGCUAACGAGGUCAUCGAGGAUCACAGCCAAGUCGAGACCGGAAACGGCGCCGUCUUCGUCGGGGUCUACGAUGGCCAUGGCGGCCCCGAAGCUUCUAGAUACAUCUCCGAUCACCUCUUUUCCCAUUUGAUGAGAGUUUCGAGAGAAAAGGGUGCCAUUUCAGAGGAGUCUCUUAGGUCUGCGUUUUCUGCAACUGAGGAAGGGUUUCUCACGCUUGUGCGAAGGACUUGCGGGUUAAAACCGUUAAUUGCAGCCGUUGGAUCGUGCUGCCUGGUGGGAGUUAUCUGGAAAGGGACCUUGCUCAUCGCUAACGUUGGGGAUUCUCGUGCUGUGCUUGGUUCCAUGGGUAGUAAUAACAAUAGGUCACACAAGAUUGUAGCUGAGCAGUUGACAAGUGAUCACAAUGCUUCUUUGGAAGAAGUUAGACAAGAGCUUAGGUCGUUGCAUCCGGAUGAUCCCCACAUCGUUGUCCUCAAACACGGUGUGUGGCGCAUCAAAGGCAUCAUUCAGGUAUCUAGAUCAAUCGGUGAUGCCUACUUAAAGCGGCCAGAGUUUUCACUUGACCCUUCAUUUCCACGGUUCCAUGUCCCUGAACGGCUACAAAGACCGGUUCUGUCAGCAGAGCCUUGCGUGUACACGAGAGUCUUACAAACAAGCGAUAAGUUUGUGAUAUUCGCAUCAGAUGGGCUCUGGGAACAGAUGACCAACCAGCAAGCCGUAGAGAUAGUGAAUAAACAUCCUCGUCCUGGGAUAGCGAGGAGGCUGGUGAGAAGAGCGAUGAACAUAGCAGCGAAGAAGAGAGAGAUGAGGUACGAUGAUUUGAAGAAAGUGGAGAGAGGAGUCAGGAGAUUCUUUCAUGAUGAUAUAACGGUGGUUGUGAUAUUCAUAGACAGUGAGCUUCUUAUGGUGGAGAAAGCCACUGUUCCUGAAUUGUCCAUUAAAGGUUUUUCCCAUACCGUUGGACCUUCCAAGUUCAGCAUCUUCUUCUCUUAA